UGUUGUAGUACAGGGCAUAUUCACCGUCUCAGCGCUGCCUGACCGAUAUUGAAUCUCACUGCUUGCUUUCUUUCACCUUUCCCCACGGUUGGGCUUCAUUGCAUACUUCCAAGGCGCCUCCGGAUUUCUACCCGUUGCUGGCUGGACUGUUUAUUGCCCUUGUCAACGUCCCGGGGGAUUGCCCUUCCUUGGAUCUUCUUACCAAUUGACCGCAUUCCAAGCCAUUGGAUAGCCAUUGGGUAUAGCCGACAUUAUGGCCGGUUUCUACAUGCAAUACUUGGAGAGUCUCUGCAGACGAAGAGGGUGGUGCGACCCUACGUACGAGUGCUUCCGUGAUUCCAAUGGGUACACGUGCCUGGUUCUCGUCAACGGACGCGAAUACCAGACAGAUCUUGCAUACGAAUCGGAUGGCCUAGCUCAGGAGAAUGCAGCCAUGAGGGCCUUCAUGGUGUGCAGGAACUUCUCCGUCAAUGGUGGAAUGCUCGCCCGGAAUGGAAUUGUGCAGGGUCUCCCGGCCAGCGACACUGGCAAGCACUCUCACUCCAAGAAGUCUCGCCACAGCUCCCACAGCUCGUCCGGUCACAGGAGCCACGGAAGCCAUGGGCGGAGCGGACACCACUCGAGCAGCAGCUCGACGGCUUCCUUCGAGUGAGGAGCCUCUCCAA